AUGUUUUCCGAGACGAUCGGACGGCUCUACAAGAACCACGUCGUCAUAGGGAAUGGUUCGUUUGGAAAGGUUUUUAGCGCCCAACGGGUAUCAGACAGCAAAACAGUGGCCGUGAAGGAGGUUGACACAACUGGUGCUGGACUCGCAGAGCGGAUGAUUAUCCUCGCUGAAUACACAUAUUACCCGCACAUUGUUGAUCCUAAUGUUGUCACAUGUUAUACAACACACUUCGAUAAGGAGUCCGGACAGCUAUACCUCGAGAUGGAAUAUUGUCCCGGUGGAUCUCUUUCAGACCUGAUCAAGAGCCAACGAGUGAGGAAGCAACCCCUCCCCGAGCGGACUAUUUGGCAGAUUUUCAAAGGAUUGGCCUCAGCACUUGUUUAUCUUCAUUCCCCAGAAAAGAAACCCACCGUGGGUGCAAUCAUCCACAGAGACAUUAAACCGACCAAUAUUGUCUUUACCAAGGAUGGUAUCGCUAAGAUAUGUGACUUCGGCCUCUCUCGAGGGCUGCACGAACUGUCGAUGGCCUCUAGCAGAGUAGGAACAGAUGCUUACAUGGCUCCAGAGGUCAAUGACGGCGAGUACAAUGAAAAAGUAGACGUAUGGUCGCUAGGAUGCGUCAUUUUGGAACUGUGCAGCCUUCAUAAGCCAAAGCCCCGCGACCCCAUCAUCCUGGAGGCAUACUCACCACAGCUAGCAUCAAUACUUAGAAACUGUCUGACAGUCUCACCAGACGAUCGCAUAUCCAGCGCUAGGCUGCUCCACUUACUAUCGACGCAAGAGUCCGAAGCAUUGUCACGCAAGCCAUCCACAUACUAUGGUUUAGAUGACAAUGACGAAGAUACUGAAGAGGACGCGGGGGACUUAGAGCUACGAGAACAGAAGGAGAAGAUCCGCGCUCAGGAACAGAUGCAGCAGGAAUGCAACGCAGAGGCGGUAGUAGAGGAAAAUGAAAAUGCAAGAACAGAAGCAGACGCCGAGAUGGAAUCCUUGGUCUUUUUCGACCAAAACAUCACUCUUCCAACUACACAUAGUACAGAAGCUGAAGACGACAAUGAGCACUGUUCUCAAUUGGAUGCAACGUCUGUCAUUCAUGAAGUCCCAGAAUUGACGGCUACAUCUAUCCUUAAGCAGUUAGAUUUUGCCAGCAAAGACCCAGAACUGGUUCGAUCGUUACUGUUACAGUAUGCAUCUGCUUUGGAGACCCGUGACAACGAGAUUGCUCAGCUCAAGGGUCUGCUCAGUUUCCAGAAUCAACGACUCCCCUUGUCCACGGCACGCCCCAGUAUAGAGACACCGAUCUGCAUGAGCACUGACACUCAUGCAGAGUCCAUAGACUUCACUGUCAAAGAGCCGACACAGUUUGGUACUAUUACCGAGAAAGAAUCAAUCUGUCCAUCUCCACGGUCUUUUGAUUGCAGCAUGGGGAUUGUGCUAGAUGAUUUGGUUGCAAAUCAGCAUAGAUUGAAGACGAAUAUAGAGAUAGAUAUCUUGCAACGCUCUAUUAAAGCCAAGGACGCCAUUAUUGAUAGUAUGAAGAAGCAAUCGGAAGCAGAUGCCAAAGGAACAAAGGUCUUUAUAGAUGCUCUUUAUAAAGACAUCAAUACUUUAGAAUCCGAGGUGCGAGAAAAGAACAUUAUCAUUGAUGAGCUUUGCGAGGCUAUUGAAAAGAAUAGUACACUGUUGGACUCCGCCAAACGAAGGGGAAGUCUAGGCAUGUCCACAGAUGGCUCAUUUACAGACAGAAGCAAGUCUGCCACACCCGAAGGUAGGCGUCCCCGUAGAAAUUCACUAUACAGUUCUGAUAUGGCCGACAAGGAGCAGGAGAUCCAGCACUUGAAGGACGAGCUUAUCAAGCAGCAGGCAGAAAGCGCCGCCCUCAGGGAACAGAAGUUUAUCAAGCAGGAGUGCAUCAUCCAAGACUUGACCGCGUCUCUCCGCGCAGCUACCGCCGAGAUAGACUCUCUUCGACAAAAGGUUGCACUGCAAAGCCCAGUGCAAAGCAGCUUGUCUUCAAGCACGCUUACUGUGGUUAAAAUGCCGAGCCUUGAGCUAUCACAGUAUGUAUUCCAAAUCAAUGAGUUGGAGCAAAUUAAGGAAACACUCUCAGAGGAGCUAGAAGCAAAGGACUCAACAAUACAGCAACUACGCGAAGCAAUACUGCACCAGGAGAUCUCCUUUACUAAGUUGCGCGAGGCCUCAGAGGCCACCCAAGCAGAAAAUAGGAAGCUUCAUGACACCAUCAGGAUGCAGGCUGGUACCAUCUCGGCCUUGGUUCGGAAGAGGAGCCCUCAAUUAUCCUCAAAUGCAAGCCCCCCUGGUAAGCAAUAA